AUGAAUUUCUCUAAUGAUUAUAGCUCAACCUCUACCAUGAGUAAUAAGAAACAGGCCGUCAUGGACCAAGUGAGAAACGAAUUAGCAUUAGCUAACGCACAAGAGCUUAUUAACAAAAUCAAUGAAAAAUGUUUCUCUAAAUGUGUAACGAAACCAGGAUACUUACUAGACAAAAGUGAACAGACCUGUCUUGCCAAAUGUAUGGAUCGUUAUAUGGAUGCAUGGAACAUUGUAUCUAAAUCUUACAUUAGUAGAAUUCAGAAAGAGAGUCAAGGAGAAAAUCUAUAA